AUGAGCAAAAAGAUCGGAGUUGCGUAUGCAGCACAGACAGCGUGGCUGAUCAACGCUAGCCUGAAGGAUAAUAUCUUAUUCGGAAACCCCUUUAGCCAGAAAAGAUAUCAAACAAUAUUGGAAGCAUGUUGUUUACAGCCUGACAUUGAUAUCCUCCCUAUGGGAGACCAAACGGAGAUAGGUGAGAAGGGUAUCAACAUGAGCGGAGGUCAGAAGCAACGCAUCAGUGUAGCCAGGGCCAUGUAUAGCUCAAAUGAUGUCGUCCUUUUGGACGAUCCACUAUCAGCCCUUGAUGUGCACGUUGGUAGUCACAUGUUCUUCAAAGGUAUUCUUGAUUUCUUGAUCGAGGAAAGAAGAACUGUCGUGCUUGUCACACAUCAGGUCCAAUACUUGGAGCAUGCUGAUCAGGUGAUCUUUCUCCAAAACGGAUGUAUAGCGAGGAAAGGAACAGUGCAAGAGAUUGGUAAAUUGGAUCCUUCCCUUGUAGAGUCUUGGAAUCUAUCUCUCAUAGCGGCCGAUGAAGCAGAAUUAGAAGUCGGAUACUGCAGUUCAACAGAUGAAGAACGCGAAGUACUCAAGAAACAAAUAUCGACGAUUAAGAAAGAUCAACGUCCUCAAAAUGACGACUCUUCAAGCAAAUUGAUCAAAUCGGAGGAGAGGAAUCGUGGUUCUGUAUCCUUUCGAUACUACUGGUAUUAUUUAUGUCAGUUUGGAUUAUGUCCAGGCUUCUUCGUCUGCUUCUUUGCCAUACUUCAGAACGUGGCUAAAGCUGGAACACAAUUCUGGCUUUCUGUCUGGUCAUCGGCUGGUGCCAAGUUACCCAGCAAUGCAACAGCUGAAGAAAGCAAUGCUUUGCUGAUGAGAUAUAUCGGUGUAUACUGUGCUCUGAAUGCGGCUGAUAUGGUCCUGUGUAUGGUAUGGACAAUGAUUCUACUCUUUCAGUGUGUCCAAACCUCAAAGAAUCUACAUAAUUUAAUGCUAACUCGAGUACUGAGGGCACCAAUGAGAUUUUUUGACACGACCCCGAUUGGACGAAUCAUGAACCGUUUUGCUUCUGACAUGCAGAAACUCGAUCAGACCCAAGGACCAUUCAUCUUGGGUACAUUUAAGUUCUUCUUGGCGACCAUGGCUGGAGUGAUAAUUAAUGCAAUCAUCUCCUGGUAUUUCAUUGUGGCUAUGAUCCCAAUCGUCCUAGCUUACAUGCUAAUUAUGAAAGUCUUUAUUGAUAGCUCAAGGGAAAUGCAACGGUUGGUGAGUAUUUCCACCUCACCCGUCUUCUCCCAUUUUACUGAGUCGCUUGGAGGUUUGUCUACUAUUCGUGCCUACAGACUUCAGAAAAGAUUCAAGCAGAAUAUCGUCCGUAAAAUAGAGAGAAACCACGUGGCUUUCUGCUUUCUUCAAGAUAGUAACCGAUGGCUGGGGAUCCGAUUGGAUGUGAUAGGAGCCCUGAUUGUUCUAGCAGCUGGACUGACUAGUCUUGCUGCCUCGGCUCUUCAUCCAGCUACUUUUGGCGCUAGUCUUGUUGGUUUGGCAAUAACAUAUGCAGUCAAGGCUGCAUAUUCCCUGACAUGGGUUGUUCGUAAUUCAACUAGUGUCGAGUUGGGCAUGAAUUCUGUAGAGAGGAUCAAGUACUAUACCAAGGUAGAGAACGAGAAAUAUCAAGGAUCUGUUACUCCAAGCCGUAAUUGGCCAGAGAUGGGCCAUGUAUUAUACAAUCGAGUACAUGCUAGGUAUGCGGCUACCCUACCUGCUAUCCUUCAGGAUGUUAGCAUUGAUUUCAAACCAGGCAUGAAGGUUGGUAUUUGUGGCCGAACAGGCAGCGGGAAGUCCUCUCUGACAUUGACACUUUUCCGCAUCAUCGAUACAUUUAAAGGAUCUAUUCACAUCGAUGGCAUCGAUAUUGGGAAGCUGUCUCUCGUCGAUUUGCGAAGUCGUCUUGCCAUUAUACCUCAAGACCCUGUCAUGUUCGGAGGCACAGUUAGAUUCAACCUAGACCCUGAGGAAAGGCAAUCAGAUGCUGAUAUAUGGGAAGCAUUGGAAGUUGCCCAACUCAAGGAGCUUGUGAGAGAUCUUCCAAACAAUCUCGACUCGCUGGUACACGAAGGAGGAGAUAAUUUCAGUGUGGGUGAAAGACAACUCUUCUGCCUUGCUCGGGCUAUGCUCAAGAAAAGUCGCAUUCUGAUAAUGGAUGAAGCAACGGCCUCCAUUGAUGUCCACACGGAUGCUAUUCUACAGGAAGUCGUCGCAACUGCUUUCCAGAAGGAAACCGUCAUCACAAUUGCGCAUCGUGUAUCAACCAUCCUGGAUUCAGAUCAGAUUGUUGUACUCUCCGAAGGACACGUCGCAGAGGUGGGAACACCAGAAUCUCUGCUAAAGAAAAAAGAUGGUAUCUUUGCUUCUCUUGUCAGGAAUAAGCUUUAACUAAGCGAAAUUUCCAUCAGCUUCAUUACGAUAUGUCACUUCCACUUGUUCACAUUAUUAGAAUUUAAGAAUAUUAUUCUUUAACAGUACAAUCGGAGAUGUAUCGUGUAGAAAUGAUUUUAUAUGUUGUCAAUAUGUCAUGCGGCUUUGGUCAGGUGACAACAGGCGGUAUACUGUAGUUAUCAAUAUAUUUUACACCUAAAGAGCGCACUCGUGGGCACAAGCAUGAUUUAAGUGUUAAGGGUCUUGUGAAUGUGGUAUCUUUACAUUACCUCCUUUGAUUUUAUGUAUGUGGCCAAACAAAAUGAUGUAAAUGUCACGAGGUUCUCUCGUUUUCGUAUAUGAUGAAUGAAGAGCCCUUCUAUUAUGGUGUAUCUAAUUAGGUUUAUAACUCAUUCAUCUAUGGGAAUAAUGUUUCCUUUAAGGCGCUCAUAAUUCGGCGCCCCUAUACCUGUUUAACCUGGAUUGGUCAAAGCUAUACAGACUGCAGUGCAUUAAGAAUUUCUUCUGACAAGGUAACCAUGUACUUUUGAUAGGAUGAUGAAAGCUUUUGUGAUAGUAAUUACUUUAGUUAUGCCCUCACGGUGACCAUUAUGGUCUGAAUACUCCCCAGGGAAUGAAGAUCGUGCACAUUGUGUGUAUGAAUGGAUCCGUUGACCUGGGGUAUAAUAGCAUCUGUAAAGCGCUUACAGAGACGAUUUUCGGAUUAGGCGGUGUAUGAAUCCAGGUUUAUUAUUAUUAUCAGUAUUAAACCUCACCUGGUUCGUUAGUAGAAUGCCAUAUUUAAUGUUUUAAAUUAAUAAUGGUAUUGCUCAUGCUAUUGAUGUCACAAUUUAAUAUGAAACAAAUUUACAACGCAUUUCAAACUCAUGACGAAAUACACUGACAGAUUGGGAGAGAGAGCGAUAAACAUGUCAUAUGAAUUUAUUUGUUAUAUGUAAUGCAAUAAAUAAUGUAUGUUUCUAUAUCAUUGUAGAAGGUCACACUUUAACCGACAUAUUCUUGUAUUUUAAACGUGUAGCUUAGCAUGGAAAUAUUCCAUACGUACCUGUAUCAUGAUAACCUUUAAAAGGUAGAUUUAUACAAACUGCGUCAAUGUGGUUUAUUUGUAAUUUGCAUUUUCCAAGACUAUUUCGUGAUUUUUAUGAUAAAAUUCAUGACAAUGUUUAACCUGUAAAGGAAAGAAUUAAGUGGAUCUUCUUGAUCUUGGUCUAUAUCUUUCCCUCUGAUGUUGUUGAAUUUGUUGAAACAAAGAAACGACGCGCAAUAUGCAUGGUAACUGAAUCGAUAAGGAGGAGGAGGAGAGAAACACACAUCAUUAAUCAGUAUGACCAUGAAAAGCAAUCUGUAUACACUGUAUACGGGGUUUUAUUUCAGUAAAUAGUCGCUGGUGUCAAUUUUCAUUUUCAUUUACAGGCUAUUAUCUGUUAUUACGAUGGAUUGUGAUAAGUCACAAUGAUAAUCGGAAAUUUGCUCACAGCGUUUUUUUUUUUAUCGUAAAGACUACAGGUUACAAGUUUAGGGUUGUAAUUGGGUUGACGUUAGUUUUAGGGUUAAGGUUAGGAAAUUUGGAUUGGGGUUAGCGUUACGUAUAAUGUGGGGUCGAGUGUUGGAGUUAAGGGUUUUUGGUCGGGGAUUAUAAGAAUUAUUAUAUCCCCUGUAUGUAAAUAUAAAGUAAGUAAUGAAGCGCAGACAGUGAUUUCAAUGUAAUUGAAUACUACGUAUCUUCUCAUGUCUAAAUUAAUAAGAUAAAUAAUGAUACCUUUGAAUUUUCGCACUAUAGUGGGAUCAUAAAAGACAAUCGUACAUUUUCUCAUUUGUACGAUUUACCAAGACAUUUCAGAUGCAAUAGAUUAUCUUCCUUAUGUUUUACUAGUAGUCGGUCAUUAACUCUAAUAUCACAAGUUUACUGUAUGUUCGUAUUACAAAACAUGUAGUUUCCUGUCUCAUUUCUUUUAUAUUAGAUAUAAUUGCGCUUUGAUUCACAUAUCAUUAUGUAAUAGCUGAGGAUAAUUGAUUACAAAUAAUUUAUUAUAUUGCAUUAUAAUGACACAUCAACUAAUUUUUAGCCAAAUAUUCGAGUGAACUUUUACUUCUAUUUUGCCUAUCCAUGAACGAUUCAUUUCAAAAGCUUUAUUAUUUAUAUGAAAGUGUGAUUCCAAUUUUGAAUGAAUAUGUACGUUUUCAUAACGAAUUAGUAAUUUUCUAUUUUAUUUUAUUGAUUCCAGGAAUAUAUCAAAGAAAAUAUAUUGUGUGCCAUAAGCUUUAGUAAAAAUAUUAUACUAUGCAAUAAAUUUAUUGUAAAAUUUGUUAUUUUAAAGUUGUGAAUAUUUACCCAGUCACGGUAUGGAAUACUACAGACCAUUCUCAAAGCACUUCAAACAAUAUAUUUGUCGUAAGUAAUUGUAAAUGAUUUGACAUAUCAAAUAGGCCAGUGGGGCACUACGCCAAUUCUAAAGUUCUAUCAAGGGUUGUUAUAUUGUUCUGUCUUGCUGUAGUUGUGUGUUUGUAUGUCGUUUUAAUGAUUAUUUUAUUUUUAUUUUGUUAUUAUACGGUAAAAGAAUUAACGGUUUAGGAUUAUAUGUAUCAUGAAACUUUUAUUUCCAUUAAAAUCACGAAAGGGAUGAUUA